AUGAUGCCCUGGUUCGGCAAGGGCAAGGGCAAAGGUCUGCGAGGUUUCGCCAACGAGAAGAAGGUGUGGAUCGGGGGCCUGCCGGAGGGGGAGCGGGAUGUGGAGAAGAACAAGAAGCUCAAGGAGCACAUGGCACAGGCUGGCGAGUGCAUCUUCGCUGAGAUCAACCGCAACGGUGUGGGCGGAGCAGCUUUCAAGAAUCCCGAGGACCAGAGAUGA